AUGGCGGCAGCAGCAGUAGCCUGUUCAAAUCCCGAUUGGUCGGACCUCCCGACCGAUCUUCUCACGAACAUCGUGCAACUCCUCGACCUCGACCUCCCGGGAGCCUACGCCUUCGCGUCCGUCUGCUCGUCGUGGAGCUCGGCCGCCUUUGCUGCCGGCAUCCCACCCCUGCGCACGCCAUGGCUCAUGUCCUGGGAACCGUCCCUGAAGCCCAGCAGCUCAGCCGUCACCUGCGAGUUCCGCCGCCUCCUCGACGUCGACAAGGUUUACAAGGUCAGCUUCCCCGAGGGCUCCUUCGUCACGUGCUGCGGCGCCUCCAACGGUUGGCUGGUGGUGGUGGACGAGCUCUGCAACCUCUCGCUCCGCAACCCCUUCACCUCGCGCACCAUCCCUCUCCCUCCGGUCACCGACUUCCCGUGCGUGGAGGCCGUGCGCGAUGGCCAUGGAAACAUCACGAGCUACCAUCUCACCAGCCGUUCGGGCCCAUACACCGAAGCACAGCUCUACGAUGCGCAUCACCUGGCGACCUUCUUCUACCGGAAGGCGGUGCUGUCCGGCGACCCGUCCGGAGGCGGCGAUUACUCCGUCACGAUCAUCCACUUCGGCGGCGCGUGGGUUUCUCAUGUCAGGGCAGGGGAUGCAAGGUGGCAGGUUCUGGCUCCCGACAUUAGCAAAAACUGGAGGAGCAACCGCUGCCCCGGCGACACCUACGCAGACUGCGCGUACCACGACGGGAGGGUCUACGCUGUUUCGUACUGGGGGUACGUCGAGCGGUGGCGCAUGGAUGACGCCGGUACACCGUCGACGGCGGAGCCGGAGGUGCGCGGUGUGUGGGAGCCCGGGCGCCCGGCGUACCCGGACGCCGUCAAGUUCACGUUCUGCGUGGUCGACGACGAUGCUGCCAGAAGCAAGAAGGAGGAGGAGGCGGACGAGCAGGACUCGGUGCAGGCGCACGCGCUGUUCCUCGGACUGAACCAGUCGGCGUUCUUACCGGCGAAGAGUUUCCUCGGUGCGAGCCCUGGCGUGCUGUAUUUCUCUGCGCCAUGGAUGAGGCAGCACUCUCCCGACCAGCUGGAGAGGGUUGGUGACUGGGGUGGCGCGAGGACCUACGACCUCAAGACGAGGACGAGGACGUUCGACCGCGUGUUCCCCGGCUUGUUGCCUGCGUCUGCACGCCUGAGGGACUGUCCUACCGAGGUGUGGAUCACGCCCAAUCUGUACUAG